AGGCCUCACAAGUGCUUGGAAUGUGGGAAGGGCUUCAGGUGGAACUGCAAGCUGAGGGAACACCAGAGGAUCCACACUGGGGAGAGGCCAUACGAGUGUGGGGAAUGUGGGAAGGGCUUCACCAGCAGCUCCCACCUGAUCCAGCACCAGGUGGUCCACACCGGAGAACGGCCCUAUGAGUGCUUGGAUUGUUGGAAGAGCUUCGGCCGGAUCUCCGAACUGAGGGUACACCAGCGCACCCACACUGGGGAGAGGCCCUACAAGUGUUCUGAGUGUGGGAAGAGGUUUCCAAGCAGCUCCGAUCUCCUCAGACAUCAGCGCAUUCACACGGAUGAGAGGCCCUUCCGCUGCUCCGACUGCGGGAAGGGCUUCAAAUACAACUCCACCCUCAUCAGGCACCGGCGCAUCCACACUGGGGAGAGGCCCUACGAGUGUCCUGAGUGUGGGAAGAGCUUCUCCAGGAGCUUUACCUUGACCAAACACCAACGGAGGCACCGCUAAGGGAAGCCCUGCGAGUGCCCCGAGUGCGGGAAGAGCUUCCCCCAGCACUCCAGCCUGAGGGAACACCAGAGGAUCCACCCUGGGGAAAAGCCCUAUGAGUGUGGGGAAUGUGGGAAGAGCUUUGGACAGAGCUCCCACUUGAUCCGGCACCAGAUGAUCCACACCAGGGAACGGCCCUAUGAGUGCUUGGAAUGUGGGAAGAGCUUCGGCUGGAGCUCUGCCCUGAGAAAGCAGCGAACCCACACUGGGGAGAGGCCCUAUGAGUGUGGGGAGUGUGGGAACAGGCUUCAGACCACCUUCAAUCUCCUCGUACAUCAGUGGAUUCACACAAAAGAGAGGCCCUUCUGCUGCCCCGACUGCGGGAAGGGCUUCAAGCAAAAUUGCACCCUCAUCACCCACCAGUGCAUCUACACUGGGGAGAGGCCCUACGAGUGUCCCCAGUGUAGGAAGAGCUUCUCCAGCAGCUCUGCCUUGACCCAACACCACCGGAGGCACCGCUAGGGGAAGCCCUGCGAGUGCCCCGAGUGCGGGAAGAGCUUCGUGCGCUGCUCCAGCUCCAUCCCCCGUGGGAGGAUCG